GAUUGCGUGACACGAGACGUUGUCAUUUUGCGAUUCGUUCCGAAACCGUAGACUUUCUCUCUCUCUUUCUCUUUAAGCAUGACCAAGUCGACACUCGCACCUACUAUAGCCGUCGUCGUUCUGUAUUCGUUGACCUUGUCUACGACGGCUUUUUCCAUCUUGUCAUCCUUUACGGGUCGACCCGCAUCCAUGGUUCCACUCCACGAAGUCGCUGUAACGGCAUCACGCUCCAACCGCCCCCCACCCACACGCAACUACUGGUGCAUGUACGAUUCGUCCCGUGAUCCUCCCAGUGCUCCAGAGUACAACGCCUGGUCGGUACUAGCCACCACAGAAAAAUGGAUCUCGCAAACGCUGGCGGCGGCCGAAACUCCCGAUGGCAAUCCGUACUCACGUAAGGAAGUCUCCUACGAUUGCGACGUUGCCAACGAUGCAGCCUUGCUCACGGCAGGGGUCUGGCGACGCUUGAAGGAAGCGCGACAAAUUGGUGAGGAGCACGGCACGCAAGAAGUUGAGCGCAAGGAACAACAAGGGGACGACUACGAGCCGCGCAAGCUUCGACUUACCAGUGUGGUAGUGCUACCGGCGAAUCCAGGCAUUUCGGAAUCCUUCGCCGUCUUCGAUAAUUUGCUCCAACAGAUCAACCAAGCACGUCGACAGUCUCGCGAUUACGUCACUGAUUUAUCCCUGGAACAGCUCGACGAACGUAUGCAUGCGGAUGAAGAUGCCGAAGAAGAGUGGUCGAUCAGCGUGAAUUGUGCGCACUUGCAUCCUAACUUUGGCGAACAAACACCGGAACAAGUCUUGGAAGAUCUCAAGGACGACGAAGAAAUCGAUGUUCACUACGAAGAAUACAAACGAAAACGACUCGAGGCUCGUCAGUCGCCCUAUCCGACCGUGGUCAUUGAAGUUCGUGCCAUGCCGCCGCCGCCCGAAUUGGUCGCUCCACCGAAAGUGUCCCGCAGCCGAGCUGCCAAGAACCAGAACGCCAUAUCCGCCAUGGAUGUGCAGCGCCUCGAAGCUCUCUUUGGAAAGACCGCGCACAUGAAUCAUCCCAGUUCCCAGCGGAGCGGUAGCGAAGACUCCUUCUACGACGCGCUCGGCAGCUCCCUCGAGGAGAUUCACGUGGUGACACCCAUGAAGCUGGCUCAGCAGUGGAUUGCCACGCACGAUCCUAACCUUCCGAAAACAUCGCCCGUAGACUUGGCCGCUUUUACCGAAAGCAAGACAUCCCACGUAGACGAAGCUUACGAAUUCGUCUUUGCCAAUAUUGCCAUGUUGCGGUCCCAGCCACAAUCACGUCAAUACCUCGUUCUACCCUGCUUCUUGUCAUCGGCUGCCACGUCCUUACAAAAGUUCGCCACGCAGGUGGAGACCAUGGUGAAUAUUUGGCCCGAUCUGCAGCACAAGGUUCAAGUGGAAAUGUUUCACCCCGAGCAUGUAGACUCUUCCCGGCGCUCCCCAGUACCCAUAUUGUCCUUGCAAUGGAAGGAAAGACCCUAGACUUUAGAAUGAUUUGCUUGCAACAAGGUCGGAAUUCGCAUUGAGACGUCAAUUCUACGAAAUGUGACACCUUUUGCCUACGUAUGUGUAUUUGGAACAUCACGAAUUUCCUUGACAAUAGAUAAAAAGCUUUCGCCUUGUGUGAAGUUGUUAACUGUAAAAUGAAUGCAGAUAUAGG